AUGUUUAAAAAUUUUGCUUAAGGUAUCAAAUAGAUUGAUAGAUUUGGUGUAAUAUUUCGACCAUCUGUUAUAGACAUCAAUCCUGAAUACAAAUCAAUUUUUGGUGGAAUAGCUACUUUAUUGUUAUAUGGUUCUUGCUUAGCAUAUUUUUUUUAUUAAAUCAUUCAAUGGUAACGCAAUACUCUAUUACCAAAAAUAACUAGUAUUUAGACUUCUUAGAGUUCAAAAUAUUACUAUAUGAAUGAUAUAAUAUCUUCUUUUUAUAUGAGAAAAAAUUACAGAAAAGAUGAAAUAGAUCCAUUUGAUCCACAAAAUAUUAUAUUAUAACCGAUCCUAUCAAAAUUUAAAAAUCAAUAAUUAUUAGAGUCUAAGUCUUUUAAAUAUGAUUAAAAAUCUAGUCGAUAUAAUAAUACAGAAAUAAUACUUUAAGAUUUAGAAUUAAACUUAAAUUUAGAAAAUACAUUAGACAAUCCUCAAAUUGAUUAUAUUUUAUCUUUUGGUACUUGCAUAUAAGAAUUUCUAUUAGAAGGUUAAAGAUGUGCAAAUAAAACAUUAGUUGAUAUAUAUAUGUAAUAACAUAGUCAUGCAUUGUUAAUGAAUAAUUAUGUUAAAGAAUAUAAUCCAAAAACUAUGAAAUUAGAAAAUGUUAAAAAAUAAUCUUUAACAAUGCUUAAUAAUGAUACAACUAUGUAUUUUCAAAAUUAGAUCAGAAUUUCUAAGACUAAAAUUGAUAAUGGAUUCUUAUUUCCAUCUGAAACAUAAUAAGAAUUCCCAGUUGAUAUAAUUAUGAUUUCUUAAUCAAUAGAUAUAGAUAGUUUUUAAACUAUUUUUUACAGAGCUACAUAUUUGGUUUUAGCAUAUAGUUUGAGCGAAACAUCUUAAGAAUAAUUUAUUGAAUAUCCAAAACUUUCAGAAGUGUUGGCAGAUAUUGGAUCUAUUGUUUCAAUAAUAUUAGUAUUAUCACAUCUCUGUUUAUUAAUAAAUGAAUAAAAAUUAGAAAAAGAGUGUAUUUAAAAAAUCAUUACAAUGUAUUAUCCAGAGACUGUUAAUAUCAAAUUUAAAUAUAAUUGGUAUGGUAAAAUUAUAGAUGUAUUAUAAAAUGAUAGAUCUAUUGAUAAAGUUGAAUUUUUGAAAUAUUAUAAUGAAAUUAAAAGAGUAGCUAUUAAAAAACUAAAUAUUGCUAAUAUUAUUUAUACAUAAGCUAAAUUAUAAUUUUUAAUCCAAUCAACAUAUAGUUAAAUAUAAAUUAAAUAAGCUCAUAAGGUAGGAAUAAGAUUGAAAUCUUUUCCUAAACUUUAGGAUUAGACAAAUAUUGAAGAAAAUUAAAAAAAUAUCCCUAUUGGCAAUUAUUAAAUUCAUGAUAUAUCUAAUAUGGAAUCAACAGAUCAAAAUGAUAAUAUUAUUUCAUCUUCACUUAAGAAGAUAUCAUUAAAUGAAAAUCCAAAAUUCUUGUUUAUUAAACCUUAAAAUGACUGUCAUAUACUAAAUGAUGAAGAUUUUCAUUUAUUUACAUUUGGUGAGUCAAUUAUAAAAGAUAAUGAACUUAAUAAGUAGGAUUGUUAUUUUGAAAAAAAUUAUAUAGAUAUUUGA